ACGCUGGCGCAGACGUGGUUAACUCCUACACGGUUGGUUGAUUUUAACAGGGAGGCAGCAGGAAUCACAGCGGUGCCUGUCCGAAGAGUGCCGUACAACGACGCAACAGACACCUGCAAGGAUUUCACUGGAUUCACACAGAGACGAGCGACUUUCUUGUCACACUGCUUUUGAAAAAUGGAAAUGUAAUAGUUUUUGAUAACUACGUCAUUCGCAAGGCAGUAGUUUGAUGAAAAUUACUUUUACUGUGACGUCUGGAAACUUUGGUAACUCACCGUAAGCUCAAAAAACCUCUGAAAGGCAGCAUCAAAUGGACAUAAAUACAUCCUCUUUAGUGGUUUGUAAAUGUUUUGUUUGGGACGGAGAAAAUCUUUGUAAUUUACGGAUAGCCUUGUACAGCGCCACGGAAUGUGACAUCUAAUCUGUCCAUCUACACCGGAGUUACCUGUAAUAGGCUAGAGAUCAAAUGGUCACAGCAAAGGACCACCACUCCCCUUUUCGUAGAAGUCUGUCUGCUCAGGAGGAAGAGUCCCACUUCAGAGGAUCACUGACCCAUGUUUGGCCUCUACUUCGAUUCAGUGCCUUUCAGAGGGUCUCAGAAGGUUAACCGUGCUGUCAUUGCCAUGGAGACGACCCAAGCCCUCCUCCCUGUCCUCCUCCUUUUCCUGAGUUUGUGUGUCUGCAGUUGUCAUGGCAACCUCCGCCCGACCCCCAGAGUGUAUCUAUCUUACAAAGAGCUGCUGGAAACGAGGACCAGCCGGCCUUUCAGCUUCUCAUUCAACACGAGCGACUACCGCAUCCUCCACAUGGACCAGGACCAGGGCCGGCUCUACCUGGGUAGCCGCGAGUACCUGGUCUCCCUGGACAUGCAAAACAUCAACAAGGAGCCACUGAUUAUCCACUGGCCUGCCACUGCCCAGAGGAAAGGAGAGUGUAAGAUGGCAGGUAAAGGAGGACAGGGAGAGUGCGCCAACUUUGUGCGUCUGAUUGAGCCGUGGAACAGGACUCAUCUGUACACGUGCGGCACUGGAGCCUACAAACCCAUCUGUACGUUCAUCAACAGAGGCUGGAGGGCUGAGGAAUAUGUCUUCCGCCUGGUCCCUGGCUAUGUGGACUCAGGAAAGGGAAAGUGUCCGUAUGACCCACGGCAGGAAAACGCCGCAGCUCUUAUCAGUAGCAACCUGUAUGCUGGGGUGCACGUAGACUUCAUGGGCACAGACCCUGCGAUCUUCAGGACCUUGGGAGACAGGCCUGCUGUUAGGACAGAGCAGUAUGACUCCCGAUGGCUGAACGAACCUGUGUUUGUGAAAAUCCAGAAAAUUCCAGACAGCGCAGAAAAAAAUGACGACAAGCUGUAUUUCUUCUUCCGGGAAAAGAGUUUGGACGCGGCAGGGGGCAGUACCCCGAGUGUGUUGGCCAGAGUUGGCAGAGUGUGUCUGAAUGAUGAUGGGGGCCAAAGGUCACUGGUAAAUAAAUGGACAACUUUCCUCAAGGCUCGUCUUGUCUGCUCUGUGAUCGGUGCAGAAGGGGUUGAGACAUAUUUUGAUGAACUAAGGGAUGUAUUUAUCCAACGGACUCACGAUGAACGCAACCCCACUGUGUAUGCUGUGUUCUCCACUGCUGGCUCUGUGUUCAAGGCUUCAGCAGUGUGUGUUUACUCCAUGGCUGACAUCAGAAAUGUCUUCAAUGGUCCUUUCUCUCACAAACAUGGGCACAACUACCAGUGGACUCCUUACACUGGCAAAAUCCCGUAUCCUCGCCCUGGGACGUGCCCUGGAGGAACAUUUACGCCAAGACUCCACACCACCAAAGCCUUCUCUGACGAAGCUGUCAACUUUGUGCGUGCGCACCCUCUCAUGUACCAUCCGAUAUAUCCGACCCACAAGCGCCCCCUGGUGGUCCGAACAGGCGUGGACUACCGCUUCACCACUAUCGCUGUGGACAUGGUGGAUGCUGUAGACGGGAGAUAUGAGGUGCUCUUCCUGGGGACAGACCGAGGAACAGUCCAAAAGGUGAUUGUCCUGCCAAAAGACAUGAGCACCACAGAAGAGCUCAUUCUCGAAGAGGUGGAGGUUUUCAGGAUGCCAGCACCAGUUAAAAGUCUGAAAAUUUCCUCUAAAAGGCAACAGCUGUAUGUGUCCUCAGAGCGGGGCCUUACCCAGGUAUCUUUGCACCGGUGCGCUGUGUACGGCAAAGCCUGCUCAGACUGCUGCCUGGCCCGAGACCCCUACUGUGCCUGGGAUGGAGAGAGCUGCUCUGCUUUCACUCCUGCAACCAAGAGGAGAAGCAGAAGACAAGAUAUCAAACAUGGCGACCCACUGCGCCAGUGCCGGGGUUUCAAUUCUAAAGUAGAGAAGCGGCUGAGAGAGACAGUGCAGUUCGGGGUGGAGGGCAGUAGUACGUUUCUGGAGUGCCAGCCAAGGUCUCCCCAGGCAACUGUUAAAUGGCUCUAUCAAAAGGACGGCAAGCGCAAAGCACUCAGUCGGGAAAAAGACAUCCUGAAGACGGGACAUGGCAUCCUGCUGAAGUUUCUCACCCAGUCGGAUGCUGGUGUCUACCACUGCUUGGCCACAGAGAACAACUUCAAGCACACUGUGGCGCGGGUCGUGCUGCGCAUUCUGGACCGUGAGAUCGUGGAGGCGUUGACGGCGCCGGACGACCCCUCCGAUUCAGCGAAUCAUCAACAGCAUGCCCACAAGCACCACCACGUUCCUUCGCCACCCCCGCCCCAGACUCCGCCCCCAGCCGUCCAGCUCUCCCCUCAGCCGGAGGUGCGCCUGAUUAACCAGUACUGCCAGUCCUACUGGCAGCAGCAGCAGCAGAGCCCCGCACAGCCGCUUAAACCCAAGCGCACCAACCGCAGGCACACGGAGCCCCAGGAAACUUGGGAACACCAGGAAGCCCAGAAGACACAGUUGCAGUGACCACAUCCUAUAAAACCCUUGUGUUCUGUACACUGCUUGACCAGGACAGGUAAUGUCACUGAAGACUGUUUCUGAAGCAAAAUCAAGUGUUCAUACCCAGUGUCCAUUCGUAAUGCCAAAACUGACAGAUUGAGUCUCAAGACUGAAUUUUGAUUUUCACACGCAUGUUGAGGAAAGGCAAUGAGGACACGGUUUUAACAGUGUGCUAUCUUCAGUUCAGUGGUAUUUUGGCUUCUACCAAACUGUAAUACCCAGUGUCCCAAGUUUCCAGAUUCACAAGCGUUCAUUUUUUAAAUGUUCAUUCAAACCAUAGAAGACUAGUUCAUACUGUUUGUACAAAUCCAUUUUUAAAUGCUUUUUGCACUUUAGCUAAACGAUCGCCACAGUCACACUUCAGAUAAAUGAUUGCCACACUGCCACUACUAUUGCAGUAUUUCACAAACAUUAUACUCUUAAAACCUGACAUUGCUGGUAUUGAAAGCUUGUUUUGUUGGGUCAGCUGUUUUUCCUGCCUGCAGAACGCAGUGGUGGAAAAAAUGCUGUGGAAUAUUUUUUUACAUGAUUCCACUCUGAUCCGUGGCAAUCUGUCAUCUGCUCCUUCUUCAGAAAGAAGCCUUUUCCCCUUUAAGGUUAUAAUUAUGACAUGAUACAUUCUGACAUGAUUCUGACCAACCUUUUAUGGUAUCAAGACCAAGGGUGAUUUAUAAUCAGGAUAACUGUAAAGGCUUCUAGUAUUUGUGGUUUUUUAAAUGUUUUAAAAAUAUGGUUGCUUUUUUUUUGUUUGUAUUAAUAUUUGAGAGGAUUCUUGAGCUAGUCUGCAUCAGACAGCAGCAAAUAUUUAAAGUCUGGAACACAAGUGUUAUAACAGGGUUUAGUCAAUUCAUAGUACACAUUGUAAUUCCCAGUGUUCACAAAAUCUUUUGCAGCACCUAGAACAAUAUCACCAAGUUAUUUUUAAGUUGGUACUAAAUAGCUAAAGCCAAUUUUCCUUGAGGAAGUUGAACAAAACUACUGGAAUUGGAGGUGGUUGUAGGCUUGUUCAGAUGGUGUUUUUUCCUUUUCUGAGCAAAAGGAUAUGUUUAUGGACCAAAAUUUGUCACUCUCCUGCCAUAGUACCAAGGAUUUGCAGGAAAAAGGAAAAUGUAAAUAUUGUAUCGCAGGCUGAGAUGAGUGCUCUCUUUCUGUAUAUUAAUAAAGACUGAAGAGAGAUUAUUGGCUUCUCUGUAAAACACUGAGAACAAGUUAAGAAGACAUUGGGUGCCCAUGCAUACAGGAUUUAAUUAUGCUAGUAGAAGGCAACAACCUGCUUGUGUGGGUUCUGUAAAAUGGGAAAAGUAUUGUCAUCAUCAAGAACAAUCAUCACUGAGGGCAGAUGCUGAAUCUUUUAGUGCAGUUUCCUUUCUGUUCUUGCCUCUUGGAGAGCUCAGAUUGCAAGAAACACCCAGAUAGCACAUUGUAACACAAAAGUAGUUCUGUCACUUUUUGCAUAUCAGCAGUAGAUAUUUUCUAUGGUUAACUGUGUUGUGUUUUGCUUGUGUAAAAAGACUGUGUUGUGUUUGACUCUAUCAGAUGUACAUAUAAAUAGUUGGUGUUUAAGUGGUCUUGUCUGUCCUUGGUCAGGGUUCAGUUCUAACCUAACAUUCUAUUUCUCUCUCUCCCUUAUUACCUGUCUCUCUCUAUGUAUCUCUGUCUCUCUGUCUAUCUCUCUCUAUGUAUCU